AUGGGGGGUGAGCAGGAAAGCCAAGAAGGAGCUCCUAGACUGGAUGUGGAGAGGCUUUCUGCAUCAUCAUCGCAAGGUCUCCCACAUGAAGAGACGGGCAAGGUCCAGUUCCAUACCGGGGCCAACUGUGCUCCCGCUCCUUCUUCGAGCUCUCCUUCGAACCAGUGCCGAUUGCCACCGAUUGAUACGCCGCGUCCUUUGCCGCCUCACUAUAAGUAUCCAUCUCGCGCUCCCUUGAGCCGUCUGCCUUUAUUCAAGUCGAAUUCCCUCCCUGUAUUCACCAAUAAUUACAAUACCUCUUUUGGGAGGGACAUCGGUUCCACAGAGGCAGACGCUGGUUCAGCUCAAAGUGGGUUGCUUCGAGGUAAUGCAGGUCGUUAUCAGAUGCGCAACUUGCUUGAUAGCCCUAGCUCCUUUACGCGCGAGCAUGAAACACGAUUCGCACCGGAUCCUCACCGUGUGUUUUCUCCAGUUUAUCAAGACAUGGUUUCCCGUCGCAUGCACCCGUAUGCAUCUACAGAACGCAAAAACUGGGAUAACCCAAGGUGUUUAUCUCGAACAUCUGCUUUUAAUGAUUCAAACAUGGACGAAAGCAUAGAGUGCCUCAAACGUCGUCUAUCGUAUCAGCCAUCCCUCUACACGCAUGCGUGGAAUCGUUCGUUCCGUCCCACAGAUCAAUUCAGCGCUGAUUUCCAAUUCAGACGGCCCAAUCUUCGAUACUCGCGUAUGCCUGGUCGACAGUAUAUGUCUUGGACAGAAAAUUCACAUCGUGGUUAUCCAGGAUCUUUCAAAGACUCGAUUGGUACACCUUUUGAUGAAUGGCAUCAACAUCCUUUCUAUCACAAUGGACCCACGUUACUCCAAACUCCUCAAGAAAGACUCUCAGCAAACUCCUCAGUCUCAAAGACAUUGUCUGAUGAAACAAGCACACAUGGACCCAAAUCGCCUUCUGCAACUAUGCCAGCCACAUUUUCGACUGCAUCUCGUCCCCCGGAUAAUGAUGCACAUGGACAUUCAGUCUCGACCUCGUCAGACCGGUCUCCUGUACAUGACACGGAGGGCUUGAAAUAUCCUAGUGUAAUCAAACCGGCGCCCCCCGGCUUCUCUCAUGAUCAACAUACAUCCCAGUUUUUCACCCCCAAGAACCAGUACCAGAUGGCGAACAGUAGUGAGCAGCCUGUUCCGCCCAAACGCGGUGGGAAGUUGCCCAAGCAUAUUACUGACAUGCUAAAGACAUGGCUUCUCGAUCAUGCCGACCAUCCGUAUCCGACAGAAGAAGAGAAGCGGGCAUUUUGUGACUUUACUGGCUUGGACAUCUGUCAAAUUUCUAAUUGGUUUGUCAAUGCUCGCCGGAGGAUUCUAGUUCCGCAAAGCUCUCGUGCCGCCCCUGCUGCGCCGGCCCCAAGCUAA